AUGGCGAGCAGUGCUUGUAAUGGAGGAGGAGGGGGAGGAGGAGGGGAAGAAGAUGUGAAUAAAUUAGCAGCACAGCUCAGCAAAACCCUAAAAGAAGGAGAGAGAAUUCUCGCCCCAACCAGAAGACCAGACGGGACUCUUCGAAAGCCUAUUCGAAUUAGGGCUGGCUAUGUCCCUCAAGAUGAAGUAGCCAUUUACCAGUCCAAAGGCGCUCUGUGGAAGAAAGAGAUGGCGGCGUCGCAAGAUGUGCCUCCGGGUUACGAUCCGGUGGUGGAUGUCAAGCCUAUGACCAAAUCUGCUAAAAGGAAUGAAAGAAAGAAGGAAAAGCGUCUACAGGCUGCUCUCGAUAAGGAUAAGCAUUUGGGCAAUAAUGAGGUAUCUCCGGCAGAAGAUGCAAGUCAGGGAUCAGAAUCUGCUGAGUCGGUGACUUCCCAGAUAAAUGAGCUCACUAUUUAUGCAAAUGCAAGUGUAGUUACCCCUUCCUCAAACUCAACAGAGUGUUCAACACCCGAGGAUUGUGUUCAAGAUAUUGACAAAAGAAUUCGUGCACUGAAGAAAAAGGUAAAUUUCUGA